AUGCAACAGCCCGCAGCCGAGAAUGAAUCUUCCCGCAGACGGCGUUUCAAGAUCCGAAGCGAGUUCGGGCUUGCAAGGCAAUGGCGAAGCCGGAAGAAUCGCCCCUGCGAUGCCUGCCGCAAAAGGAAGAGCGCCUGUGUCAUCGAAGAUCGGCCACCAUGUCUCUUCUGUAGAGGGAGGGGACUAGACUGCCAAUCCACCUCUCAACCUCGAACUGUGCGGCAAUCGCCCAGCCAGGAACCAGACCUAGAUGAGGAGCCAAUGGAACCAUUGGAGUCGCUGACCGAAUCACAUCUGGUUGAAGAGAGAGCGCUGGAGAUGCAAAUCAGCCCUGGAGAUGUCGAUGGCCAUCAUCUUCUCCCUUCACCCGAUUCUCACACGGGGAGUAUAGAGAUGCACAGCCGUCUGUCAAGCUCUCAUCCAAGACCUCCCAGCAGCAAUGAGGUCCAUGUACUGGAACCCCAAAUCCAUACCCUCGAGGACGGGAAGGACUUGACAGCACACUGCAUGGGGUUAUCGGCAGAGCAGGAUACUCAUCUCCUUGCGUCCUUUCGAUCCGUCAUCAUCAAUGAGACCAAUCGUGUCGACGGUGACAUCAUCCAGGUUUACUCCGGCAAUCCUGCCACAGGGACACCGCCUCUUCACUUCUCCAUACUGAGAGAUUGGUUCAUGCCAUACGAUGACCGUAUCAAAGAGGAAUCCUCGCGAGAAAUCGAAUUCAAGGUUGGGCCACACGGCCCUAGCCUUGUCCGCCUCUACUUCAAACAUGUCCAUCCCGUCUUCUGUGUCGUGUCCAAAGUCCGUUUCCUUCGUGCGUACAAGGAGGAUAGGCUGAGCAUCCCCGCAUCACUACGAGGAGUGGUCUACGGAAUGGGUGCGGUCUACUGGAAACAAGAUCCCAUAUUGAGGACACUCCAUCGCCCGUUUGAACAAUAUGAGCUGUUUCACGCUGCCCAAGCUUCGCUUGAGAGGGAACUUGACGCACCAAACCUCUGGAAGUUGCAGGCCUGUCUAUUGAUGAUUCACGAGAAGGCCGCGGGCAACGGUACGUUUGAAACGCCACGAACGUGGACGCUGUCGGCACAAGCCGUGGCGUGCGCGCAGAUGAUAGGGCUUCACCGCGAUCCGACCCAUUGGAAGAUUGCACCGUGGGAGAAGAGCCUGAGGAAAAAGUUGUGGUGGGCUACAUACGUAACCGACAUGUGGGCAUCCGUGAGCCAUGGAAACCCCUUUUUGCUCCACGCCUCAUCAUACACGACUUCCAAUCUGGACAUGGACGAUAUGCGAUUCGAUGAGGAUGUCCCCGAAGAUCUGAAGGAUAUGGUAGACGCCGCAAAUGGGAACUUUGAUGUUUCAACGGCAGCACGGUUCCUCGAACUUGUGAAGCUCACCCAGAUACUCCACAACCUACUGGACACUGCUUUUUCAGACCAUGCAUACCGAGCCGCGAUGCUAGACCUUGCAAGUCAGGAGAUCAGACUGUUGAAGAUCCAGAGGGAACUUGAAUCCUGGCAUUCGCUGAUGCCACAGUGUGUCACCAUGAACUACAACACAACCAGAUUUGAGUUCCGCAACAAUGCACCACUCCACCUUGCGUACUUUGCAACUCAAGUACUCCUUUUUCGAGCUUUGAUGACGCCAGCUUCGAUGGCUGCGAAAAACAAUCCGUUGUCAUCUUUGCGGCGGUAUUUUGGUGCAGCAAUAGAGCAACUCCGUGCCUUUUUGGCAUUCAUGAACGAGAUAACGCUCGAGGGUCUGCAAGCAUUCUGGGGCCGACAUGGAAGAUCGCAGUUGAUCCUCAUUGGCAAUUUCUUGAUACAUCUAUUCCUCCUGUCCUCCAGUCCCGAGCAGGUUAGCGCCACAUUUCGACUCCUGGAGCACUUUCAUGAAUCCCUUCAGAGGAUAGGUGAACUCGUGGACGAGGAAUCGGUGGGUCUGAUCCGGCCUGUGGCGCUAAGGAUCGACUCCUUCUUCACCCAGGCGGCGCAGAUUAUGAGACGAGGCCUGACGACAGGCUCCUAUUCCGAAGCAAGGAUGGUGGAGACUCCGCCAUAA